GGCUGUCCCAAGUCCCAUCUGUCUAGUGUUUCACUCUGAUUUCUGUUUAACCCUGGGCUACAAUAAAACUAGUGGAGUGGGUCCCACCCAGAAAGAAGCCUAUUGAGCUUCUGAAAAAGGCAAAACUAAAAGGGAAAAAAACACCUUUUCUGCAAAGUGGAAUCCAUUCUCAGCAAGAUUCUGUGUGAGCCGGCUGCUUUUCUUAUUUGUGCUGUGGACUUGGCUCUUUACAGUGAAAAAAGAAACUUUGCAGGCCAUAGAGGUGGAACAUAAGCUUACAUCUUUUUACUGGUGUACGCUGGAAUUAGAGGAGAAGCAGGAGCUUGGGAAGCUGUGAUAUUUCUGAUCCACUGGAGACAUAACAGCUGCUGUACAGAACUCACCCCCCUGGGCAGCCCCAAGUCAGUUUACCAACAUCUGGGACUUUUUUUUACUGGAUGAAGCCUCUUGUAUGACAGAAUAAGUCAGACAGAAGCCCAACAGCAAUGUUCUUCUGAACCUGACUAGCCUGUGAGACUGGGACUUGGCUCAAAGCUUGGCAUGAAACGGCCUGCCAGUCUGCAUGUUGGCGCACACACAGAGCUAAAGGCAAGCGUUUGGGAAGAGCCGGUAAAAUGAAGACACUACUACUGCUUGUCACAUUUACUCUGGUGCUGAAUUCCGCUUACUCAGCACGUAAGAAUAAAAGACAAAGUGAUUUCUGGGACAACUGGAGUGACUGGGGAGACUGUAGCCGUACCUGUGGUGGGGGUGUAAGUUUUAGAGAACGUCAGUGUUACUCUCGCAGGGCAGAUGGAGGAUCAAACUGUAUAGGACCAACCAGAAACUAUCGCUCAUGUAACGUGCAGGACUGUCCUGAAGGGUCCCGAGACUUCCGUGCUGAGCAGUGUUCAGAGUACGAUGGGAUGGAAUUCCAGGGGAAAAGAUACAAGUGGCUGGCUUAUUAUGGAGCAUCCAAUAAGUGCGAGUUAAAUUGCAUACCCAAAGGAGAGAACUUUUACUACAGACACAAGAUGGCUGUGCUAGACGGGACACCCUGCGAGCCAGGCAGAAGAGACAUCUGCGUAGAGGGGGUCUGCAAGACCGUUGGUUGUGAUAACGUACUGGAUUCAUCUAAAAGGGAAGACCGGUGUUUGGUGUGUGGAGGGGAUGGUAAUUCCUGCUAUCAGGUAAAAGGGUCGUACGAUUCAGCUACAAUAUCCAAAGGCUACAGUCAACUCUUCACCAUUCCAAAAGGGGCUACCAAUAUCCAAAUUAAGGAAGUUGCACCUACAAGGAAUUUCUUAGCUAUAAAGAAUGUGCGUGGGGAAUAUUACCUGAAUGGACAUUGGACCAUUGAAUAUGGCCGAGCCCUGCAUGUGGCCAGCACUAUCCUUCAUUACUAUCGAGGCUCUGAAGGGGAUCUAGCACCUGAAGUCCUGACAGCCAGAGGACCAACCACUGAACCUCUAGUUAUUGAGCUGAUAGGACAAGAGACCAACCGAGGGAUACAAUAUGAAUACUACCUGCCCAACCAGGGGGAGAUGGAUGACUAUCAGUGGAGUUAUGGCUCUUGGAGUGAGUGCAGUGCAGAGUGUGGGGGAGGCUACCAGUCCCGCUUGGUGUUCUGCACCAUAGAUAAUGAAGCAUAUCCAGAUGUUAUGUGCAGGGAUACACCAGCUCCACCGAACAACAGAACGUGCAGCACUCAGCCAUGUCCACAGACAAAGCGGAUGUCUUACGUACAUCAGCCGACCAUGUGGAGUCGUAUAGUGAACACAAAAAUGACCAGCUGGAAGGUUGGUGAGUGGGGGCCAUGUUCAGCCACAUGCGGUGGAGGCACUCAGGCUCGAUCAGUGUACUGCGUUUCAUAUGAAGGAAGAUCAUCUCAGCAGACGGUGAAUGACGCAGAGUGCUCCGCAUUCAUAGAGAAGCCGGCGACCCAGCAGGUCUGCAAUCUGAGGGCAUGUGCUAGAUGGAACGCAGGACCCUGGACUCAGUGCUCAGCUGAGUGUGGAGAAGGAAUUCAGAAACGGACGGUAACUUGCAGAACAGACACCGGGGCCAUUGUUCAGGAUACUGUCUGUAUGCUCCAGGUCAAGCCAUCGGAUAGCCAGCUAUGCUCUGGGGACAACUGUAUUCAGGAAAUCGGCUGGCACAUCGGAGAGUGGGGCCUGUGCUCGAAAAGCUGUAAUAAUGGCAUCAGAAAGCGCCAAGUGAUCUGCGCAGACAACGACCGAAACUUCCAUGAACCAGAGACGUGUGAAGCCUAUGAACCAGAGAGGCCAGCCGUUAUUGAGAGCUGUAACAUGCAGCCGUGCCACCUGCAGCAACAGGUCCCAAGCAUGCAAGACACCUGGGGCUAUGACAAUGCCGAACAGUUCUCUCUCACCCGAUAUAGGCAAGAGACUCCAACUCAUUCCCCACCUAAGAGAAAGGAAGAUAAUUUUAUUCCACCAAAUCCCAAUGGCUGCAGGCAGAGCAGGUUUAGCUGCUGCCCUGAUGGUGUGACACCUGCGCAGGGCUAUAACAAUGAAGGCUGUCCGAAUGAGAGGAACCCAAUAGCCGAUCAAUCAAUGCCUUCAGAUGAAUGCAGAACAUCACAAUAUGGAUGUUGCUUUGAUAACAUCAAUAGAGCCGCUGGUCCUGAUGGUGAAGGAUGUCAAAGUCAACCAAGUAACGGGUAUCCGACAAUGUGCAGCCUUCCCAGCGCCCUGGGGUCUUGCACAGAUUGGACCACUCGCUGGUACUUUGUGCCGGAUGUUGGAAAAUGUAAUCGGUUUUGGUAUGGCAGUUGCCAUGGUAACAAGAAUAACUUUGCAACUGAAGAGGAAUGCAUGAGCUCCUGCAAGAAAAUCCCACGGAGAACGACAGGUACCAUAGAGUAUAGGUACCGCAAGCGAGGAAUGAAAUGGGAUCGUAUGUCACAUGAACUCCCAGGGGUUGAUGAUGGAACACCUUUUGGAAUUGAACAAGGGGAACGACCUCAAGGCAUUGUCAGAAUCCUUGACCAAGACCCUGAAGGGCGUCUUCUCUCAGGACACGGACUGGAUGAGAGCAACAUGGGUUAUGGAGCUUCUAGACCAUCUGUACAGCAGAACCAAUAUGGAUCAUCGACGGAAGAUGGUUCCUCGUCCCAUCACUCCUCCAUUUACAGAAUUAUUUUGGACAAGGCAGAAUCUUCCGCUAUGGUGGCAUCAGUUGGACAGACAAUCCGUCUGCUCUGUAGAGUGAGUGAUUACCCUUUUCCUAGAGUGGAAUGGCAGAAAGAUGGAAGUACUGUGUCCUCUACAAGGCAUACGUACCAGUCAGACAACUCUUUAGUGAUCAGUCAUGUACGAGCUGAAGAUGCUGGUAGUUACAUGUGUAUGGUUUCCAACGGCAACCGCAGAGAAACACACAGAGUGCAGUUGGAAGUGAAUGGAAGGGAGUCAAAUGGAGGGCAAAGAUCGCAUGAUGCUGGCAACGCAGGCAGACCGUUUAAUGAAAACAUAAGGAGGACGGAGUCUUCUGCUGCUCAGAUAUCGAGAGAUACCCCGCACAACAGUCGCACUGUGAACUCAGGAAGAAGGACAUCAUCAACAGACCUCAUGGUAUUGGAAGCAAAUCUUGGUCAUCGAGCAAGACUUUCUUGUCACUUAGAAAUAUCUCCAAGCACUACUGUGGAAUGGCAAAAAGAUGGGAUGCCAUUGCCUUCAGCUAGGUAUAGGAAUCAAGCAGAUGGUUCUCUUGUCAUAAGUCGCGUGAGCUCUGAAGAUUCUGGAAUCUACACAUGCGCCACUACAACUGGACCACGCCGCGAAUUCAGACACAUUCAACUGAACAUCAGAGGGGAGCUGAAAAUCACUGAAGCACCCAGUGGAGUUGCGGUGCAAGAGGGGGAAGACGCUUCUCUGAGAUGUGUGGUGAGAGGUGACAAUGUCAACGUUCAGUGGUCAAGGAAUGGUGUUCCCGUGCAGCCAGAUGGACGUCACACCUAUGUGUCUCAUGACGGCAACUUGAUCAUAAGGAACACCAAGGCUGCAGAUGAGGGAUCCUAUACAUGCAACGCAUAUAGCGGCACUCACUCAGUUAGUGCCAGUGCAGAAGUCAGAGUGCACAGGCAAAAGCCAGUGGCAUCCGCAGUUCAAAACAUGAAUACCGACAGUGAAUGCAUUGACCGUCCUGAACUGGCUAAUUGUGACCUUAUUGUUUAUGCUCAACUUUGUGCCAAUGAAUACUACAACAGCUUCUGCUGUGCCAGCUGCUCUAAGCACCGCUCAGAACGCAGGCACAGGCGACACAGAGGCUGAGAGAGACUCGGAAAGAUGUCUGUAGUGCGUAAAUGACAACGAGAAAACUGGAAUGACUAAGGACCUUUUUAGAUCUGUGAUUUAACAAUCAACAAAACAUAAGCUGGGGUUGAAAUGUUAUGUAGGUCACUGUAAGAAAGUAAAAGGCGAAUGUAAAAAGCAUCUAAAAUUGUCACUUUACCAGCUCCCCCCACCCCCCGCCAACAGAUAAAUUAUUUGUCAAGGUUAGUGAUUGGUCAGUCUAAUACUCACCUACAAGAAUGAUAUGACGUCAUAGCAUCUGAGACUCAUCCGUGGAAUGUUACCCACCUGUGACAGGACAGAAACACUGAUACAGAACCCCUAUAAACCAGUCAUGCAUGAAUUUAUUCUAUAGGAAUUAUAAUUAGCUAUUUGUUUAUAUUUGUGGGGCACUGGUCUUUGAUGCAGUAUAUUUGUUUUAAUGGGUCAGUUUUAUUUUCAGAUCUACAGUAUCGUUUUGCACCCAAAACUAACUUACAUCAAGGUGUAUUAUAACAAAGUUAGGUUAGAUGUUUUUUGGCACCUGUACGAGUAAACCCAAGAAUUCAUAUUUUGCUACAUUUUAGUAUAACAAACUAUGGGGUAUAAGAUAUGUCAUUAACAAACGUCUCGGUCUGAGUAAUGGUUAAUAGAAAAUUCCAAUCUUUUUAUUUUUUUCAAACCUAUAAUCAUUAGAAUUUUUUUUUUGCGUAUUUCAUACCUACUACAGUACUUAACAACAAUAAAACAGAAGGAAGAAAAGUGUCAAGAAUACAACAUAUAAAUGGAUUUACUGAGAAAGAUAAACUGACAGAGAAUUGGAUGAAAUAUCACUAAGUUAAUUGUUAAAAAAAAGGGCAAAAACUCAAAAACAACUGAAAAAUAAAAAGGCCUAUUGCAGAUAACUCAGAACUGAAAUUCUUUUUAUGUAUACGAGACAUUUAUAUUAAAAUACUGGAACGACCCAACCAAUAAAACAGAUCGUUUUGCAGUUCGACUUAAAUGUAAUUUUACAUUUGCUAAUUAUAUGUUUGUAUAGCAAAGAGAAACAUUAUGAGCGAAUGUUAUAGGUGUAAGCACAAAAGUCUAACUAUAAAAAAACAUAUUUAAGGACUAAAAAUAUGGUUGUGGAAUAUAUUGUUCUUUGUAUGUUGAUAUGUUAAAGAUAAGAUAUUGCUUAAUUAUAAGUCGUUCUUAUAGAAAAUGGUAUUUUAUAAUAUUCACACUGUAUAUGUGUAAAACUGUGUACAAGUUGAUGAAACUAUAUAUCCUUUAUUAAGAGUGUCCAUAAAUGUUAAGAAAAACAAAAACAAAACUGGGACCCCCACAGCCUGGGACCCCCACAGGAUAUUUGGUGUAAUCAUAAAAUGCACUCUUUUUUUUUUUGCGGGGGGAAUAUCAAAUACUGUAGAACAGAUAUAGAAAUUGAUUUGGUUAAAUUAAUUCAAUGGCAUUUGAAGAAUAUCAUAAAAAUUCCAUGUAGAGAACCCAAAACAGUUUGAGGAAUUCCAAGAUAAAUUUAGGGCUUUAUUCAGGUUUGUUAGCAAACUAAAAAAGCACACUAAUGGGCAGAACCAUGUGCACUGCAGGUGGGGCAGAUGUAACAUGUGCAGAGAGAUUUAGAUUUGGGUGGGGUGUGUUACACUUCAAACUGAAAUCUAAAUUGCAGUGUAAAAAUAAAGUGGACAGUAUUUGCCAUGUACAGAAACAAAAUAACCCACCCAAAUCUAAAUCUCUCUGCACAUGUUACAUCUAACCCCACCUGCAGUGCAGCAUGGUUUUGUCCAUUCGUGUGCUGAAUAAGAGGGUUAUCUCUUAGUACGUGAAACAGAGAAGAUACACUGCCUUGAUUUCCUACUUAAAUGCUUUUGCUUGCAUCAUUAAAUAUUCAGCAAUUUAGUUACACCAGUUUGACUUCAUAAUAGUAUUUUCUGAUCACACUACUUCUACUAGAUGCUUAAGAAUACAUGUAAAAUAUGUACUACUUGUCUUUGCCAUAAUGAAGAUUAAUUGCAAUAUUUCAAGGUUUAGCAAACAAUGGUGGAAUAGAUCAUUAGCAAAAGUUAGGCUGUUUGCACAAACCAAUAAUACUACAGUAGACCUGCCCUCCUAUUUAGCGUACUUACCACCGUGUGUGUAUCUUUCUAUACUGGUAAAUGUCAAAGCUCUCAUAUUAUUACACAACAGUGCAUUAGUCUGUUCAGUAUCAUUUUUGGACAGGUACACAUUUGGUUAAAUCCUCCUCUCUCUUUGCACUCUACUUGGAGAAAAAGCCUGGUUUCAGACGCAAACCUCAAAUAAAUUUUGGUUUGCACUUGACUGCCUUGCUUUACACAUUGAUUAUAUUGCAUUAAAUCUCACUUGACCAACUGUGGACAUCAGGACAGAUUUUGUGCCAUAUAAAAGUAUGUAAUUAAAUUGAAACAAAAUAUUUUAUUCCAAUAUGUAUUUUUUUUUAAAGCUUUAUUUGCAAUCCUUAUUAGAAAAAGUGUAACUUCCCAUGUAUUUGCCACAAUAGCUGAUUUAGUAAUUAUCUUCUGUUGCUAUAUGUGGAUGGAUCUAUGUAUUAAUUAGGGAAACCAGGGUCAUAUCUGAUUAUCGCCCCCACUUACUGCAGAUAUGGUCUAGAGCAUGGGCCUUCAACCUGUGGCCCUCCAGCUGCUGUGGAACUAUACAUCCCAGCAUCCCCUGCCACAGUUUUCUAUUAAGGUAUGCUAAAACUGACGCAAGGCAAGCUGGGAUGUGUAGCUCCACAACACCUGGAGGGCCGCAGUUUGAAGACCCAUGUCCUAGAAAAACUUUAAGGUGACCUUAAGGUGUGUACACACGCUGAAAUUUCUCCUUACGAUUUUGACUAUAUAGUCAAAAUCACAAGGAAAGUUAGUGCAAAUCGCAAGGUGAGAUAGACUGUGCAGGCAUAUCAAUCUUGACUAUAUAGUGUACUACCUAAUACAAAGUACAGUCAAAAUUAGCACUUAGUCAAAAUCAGUGCUUCUGGGCUCUGGGGGAGUUCCAGGGAAAUCGCAUAGUCAAUAUCUCACCGUGUGUAUGCACCAUUAGUCUUACAGAUUGAGAGGCUAGAUUAGUGACCACAGGAGGAAGUUUCAGAGGCACUGUUUGUAGGCUGACCAGCUGGAUUCUUUGGAGCCCAAUUAUGGUGGAGACUGACAGCCGAGUGCCCAUUUAAACAUUAAAGAACGCUAUAAGGGGAAAGUGUUAAACAACGAUAAAGGUCACUGGAAAAUCAGUAGCGGUGUGAGCAUUAAGUUGCAUUAAGGAGGAGGUCUACAAGGAAAGUAUGGGGUAUGGUCUACCAUGGCUGUAUAACUGUGACCCCAACAAUCUCCACUAUUAUAUAUUAUACUAACUGUAGAAUCAAAAUAGAAUGCUGGUAAUUUUUAUUAUAUAGUUGGCUAAUUAAGUAUAUUUUUAUGUAAACUAAAUAUGGGGCAGACAAUAAGUAUGUGCUAUAUAUUGAAGUGUUGGGGAAUAAAUGUAUAAAAUGAUGCAGUUCUGUUUUAUUGCAUAAUGCGUUUCCCCCCUUUCCAAACAUAUUCUCUAAGCUUAAAUAAACAUGACUGUAAAUACAA